CCAGAAUUUUAAUUUGUUAUUCUUUAUUUUGCCAAAUGAAUGCGUGCGUGUGUAUUCACUUCGUAGAUUUUUGUUUUCGCAUUUCGGUAUUCGGUGGAUGAUGCAUAUAAAUGCAAAUUGCAUGUGGCUGGCUUUUGUCUGUCAAAAAAAUAUUUUCUUUGUUUUCCUUUUUAUGAGAUUACAUAAAAUAAACAAAAAUAUUUGAGAAAAAUUCUACGAAAACAAAAGAAAAAAAACAUAGUCCGAAGGGGAAAAUAAAGGACACCCAAAAAGAAAAUAAGGAAAAAACGAAUCGUGCAAAAAUAUAUGGAAGUUAUGAUGAAGAAGAUGAUGUUUUGAUGUCACAGUGAAAGAAUAAAAAGUGACAGAUUGUUUAAUUUUAAUGAUAUAUAAUAUUUUGUCUUUUUUUAAAUAUUAGGUUUAAAUUCGUCAAAACUGUGAAGUAAAAAAUUAAAAAAAAGAAAAGUAGAGCAAAUCACUUCUAUAUUGUGUGCGCGCCCCUCCUGUUAAAUAAUUCAACCUCCCCCUAACGAAUAAGAAGAAAAAAAAAAACUGUAAAUUAUUAAAUAACAGCACAAUAGACACAACCUUCCUUUCACAGCCUAAAUCCAAACCAAAAAAAAAAAAGAAACAAAUUGUACAUGAUUCGUGUUGAUUUUUCGUCUUUCACUUUCAAAUCCCGCGUAGGCCCAUUAAAUCUUUUGUGUGUGUCAAAAAUUUAAAAAGUGAGAUUUAUUUUUAUUUUAUAAUUGAUCCAUAAUUGGGUCUCUGAAUUCAUUCAUUAUUCCAAUUGUGUGUGUAGAAUUUGUCUGUGUCCGUUUAUUCAUGAAGAGAAUAAAAUAAGUGUUUUUUUUUUUGUUUUUCUGUCAAAAAGUUGUCAAAUUUCCCAAGAGUGAAUCUAUUCAGCAAAAUAAAAGGAUAAAAACUUAAGAUAUAUCAAAUUGAACUUUCAGAUUUAAAUUUCAUCGUUUUGCAGGUGUACUUAAAGAAAAUAUUUGAGGAUUUAUUAAGUAACAAAAGAAAACAAAAGACUUAAACAACAAACAAACAAAUUAAUUACCAUAUUAAAAUAAAAACAAAAUCAAAGCAGGGAUUUUAAUAUCCAUAUCCUUGCAUUACAAAAUACAAAUAAAAUAAAAAUGCUCUUAUACUUAUUAUCAAAAUAAGGUUUUUAUCCUUCAAAAUCAGGAUAAUAAAAAAUUAAAGGAAUCAAAAGAAAAUUGAAAAAAAAGAAAAGUUAAUCAACUUUCUACAAAGCAAAAGAAGAAGAAAACGACCUAGAACUUGAAUGAAGAAUUCAUUAUGACAGCAUCAACUUCUACACAUCAACAACAACAACAGCAGCAACAAACACAACAACAACAAUUGCAGCAGCAGCAGCUACAACAUCAUCAACAACAACAACAACCGUCACAGGAUCAGGAUAAUAUACAAUACAAUAACCAUCAUAAUACACAUCAAAAUAUAGAUACUGGCGGUGGUGGAGGAGGAGCGAGCAGCAGUUCCACCAGUGGACAUCGCAAAGGUCACAGAAGACAAGAAUCAAUGUAUCAAAUGACAGGACUUUAUUCAGAAACAAAUAGCGGCGAUGACAGCAGCAUUGAUGUACCUGCCGAUUCGGGUAGUCCAGAGCCAAUUAUGCCACAAAGCAGCAGCAGUUGCAGUGGCAAUAAUAAUAAUAUUAAUAAUCAUAACAACAAUGCUGCCUCAUCAAGUGGCCCUUCUACCUCAACAACAAAUCCACACCGCACCAAUCACCACCAUCAACAUCAUGCGCAUCACAAUAGCGUCACAGAUACGGUGAUCAAAUGCCAUAGUCGUCAAGCGUCCAGUUCGUUAGUGGAUAGUCGAAGUAGCGGUGGUGGUCAUCAUCAUUCGCAACAACAGCAUCCGCCGUCGCUGCCCCAUCAACAACCAUCCUACGAUGAUCCAGCUGAUGAUCCAGAUUUACAAAGCCGCGAUUGUGGCAUUCUCAAUUGUCGUCCAUUUGUUAUACAAAAAUUUGCUAGAAUUAAAAUCUUCGUCCUUCUGCUAUCGAUGCUAGUCACCCUGCAACAGGCUUUAAGUUCUGGCUACAUUAAUUCGGUGAUAACAACGAUUGAAAAACGUUUUGAUAUUCCAUCGAGUUAUUCCGGCUUGAUAGCUUCGAGUUACGAAAUUGGAAAUGUGAUUACGGUGAUAUUCGUCAGUUAUUUGGGCAGUCGGAGGCAUAUACCAGUCUGGAUUGGAAUAGGUGCUGUGAUCAUGGGAAUUGGUUCGUUGGUCUUUAUGGUGCCUCACUUUACUGGCGAAGCAAAUCCGGGCAUAACUCUUGCCAAUCAAACUAGUGAUAAUAUUUGUCGUGGGGUCUCGAUCAGAGAACACGACAUGGGUCUGGGAAGACUUUCGUCUGGACUGUCAAAUCAACCACUCGCUCCGCACACAUUGAGAGAGGAUAAUUGUCUGAAAGUUAAGUCUUCGACAUUUGGGCCAGUUUUGUUGUUUGUUAUUGCCCAAUUGCUGUUAGGAUGUGGCGGCAGUCCGUUGUUCACUCUCGGAACUACUUAUGUUGAUGAUCAUGUGAAGACAGAAAGCUCUUCCAUGUAUAUUGGGUGUAUGUACAGUAUGGCGGCAUUUGGACCAGUUCUUGGAUUCCUUCUGGGUGCAUAUUUGCUAUCCUUCCACAUGGACUCACUCUCGUCGGCUAUAAUAUCAAUUGAUCCUGGCGACCGUCGAUGGGUUGGCAUGUGGUGGGGUGGAUUCCUUUUAUGUGGAAUUUUGCUACUCGUUGUUGCCAUUCCAUUUUUCUCCUUCCCAAAGGUCCUAACACACGAGAAGAAAAAAAUCCGCAAAACCUCUGAAAAGCUACUGCCACCAGUCCUGCCAAAUAAUUCAAACAGUUUACCACGCAAACUCGACGACAAACUAAAAAAAGAUCUAGGAGAUAAAGCACCAGAAGUUAAACCAAAAGUUGAUACUGGAUAUGGAAAGGAUAUCAAAGACAUUCCUCAGUCCAUGUUAAGAUUGGUAACCAAUCCCGUUUACAUCACCACAUGCCUAGGCGCCUGCAUGGAACUUAUGAUUGUUUCUGGCUUCGUUGUCUUCCUACCAAAAUAUCUAGAAACUCAAUUCAGCUUAGGCAAAAGUCAAGCCAGUGUAUUCACUGGAUCAAUUGCUGUUCCUGGAGCUUGUAUUGGUAUCUUUGUUGGUGGUUGUAUUUUGAAACGUUUUCAGCUUAAGCCGAAAGGUGCUGUUCAAUUCGUACUCAUAUCGAAUGUGGCUUGUUUAAGUUGCUAUGCAUUGUUGUUCUUUUUGGGUUGCGAGAAUUUAAAAAUGGCUGGUACUACAAUUCCCUAUUACAAUUCAUCGACGCACAGUUCUCUGGAACCUUUUACUGUGAAUUUGACAGCAGCUUGCAAUUUCGGUUGUGAGUGUUUGACCACUGAUGUUGAACCAGUUUGUGGAAAUAAUGGGCUGACUUAUUUUAGUCCCUGCCAUGCAGGGUGUACAGCUUUCUCAUCAAGUUCCAAUUAUACUAAUUGUGCAUGUGUUCAUUCCAAUAUAACAAGCAUUUUCAAUGGACCUGGUGGUAGUCAAGCUCAAGCUUUAAAUGCUUAUGAAAAUUUUGCCGAAGUAACUGUUGUUCCAGUAGCUACAGCUGGCCCAUGCACCACUCCCUGCCGCACGAUCUAUCCGUUUUUGAUAUUGCUAUUCUUUAUGACCUUCAUGGUGGCCUCGACGCAAAUGCCUUUGCUUAUGAUUGUCUUGCGUUCGGUGUCCGAAGAGGAACGCUCCUUUGCCCUAGGAAUGCAGUUUGUUAUAUUCCGUUUAUUCGGAUAUAUUCCAGCUCCUAUAGUUUUUGGAAAUUUAAUAGAUUCAACAUGUUUGCUAUGGAAAUCGACUUGUGGCGAAAAAGGUGGACGUUGUCUUAUCUAUGAUAUAGAAAAAUUCCGUUGGAAAUACGUUGGAUUGUGUGCUUUUGUUAAGAUCGUUGCUCUUGCCAUUUUCAUGGUCGAUUGGUGGCUGGUGAGAAGGCGUAAGCAAUUGGAUAAACUGAAACCGCUGAAUACUAACGAACUGGUUGUAGGAUCGAUUAUUAGUUUGGACAAACUAUUUGAAGAGAAAUUAGCCGACAAUAAUCAAACCGUGGUGCCUUAUGGAGGUAAUGAACUGAUUAUACCCUCAGACAUCCUUAGGCAUUCUCGCAACAAUUCUCGCACAAUUCAGCUUGAAUCUGGCUAUGACAAAUGUCACAAUUCCCUCCAUCCAUCAGCCGCUGUUCUUCCACAAACCAAAUCGAAAAAACACUUCCGUAGUGCAUCGUGCGAUGUUAAAAUGAUUCGUGGCUAUACGAAGGACAUAAACGAUGACUACAACAUCAACACCAACAGCACAAAUAGUAAAUUCCGUAAUCUCAAGAAACUCCAAACACAUUCCCGCAAUAAUUCCAAUGACCUUAAUUCCACCGAUGUGGUGCGACAAAAACUGACCCAUUCCAGAAAUAAUUCCCGUGACGAACCAAAUUUAAAUAUUAAAUUUAUACAAAAUCAACUUCACAAAGACGACGACGAUUACGACGAUGAUGAUAAUCUAACUCCGGGUUGUGGAACUUUUGUGAAGAAACACUCAAGAAAUCAUUCGUAUGAUCAGAUUUAUAUGCCAAAUAAUAUUCGGUUCGAUAUUGAUCUCUUCCGGGGCAGGAAGAGUGUUAAUGUCGUUAAGAAUGUUGAAAAUAAAGUCAAAAAUUCAAAUGAGGGUGCUGUUGUUGGAGCUGGUGCUGUUGUUGGAGGUGGAAGUGGACAUUCACGAAAUAAUUCCAAAGAUUUGAAUAUCAACGAUAAGCAAAUGAUGGCAGUUGAAGCAGCUUCAUGUAUUCUAAGACAUCGUCGAACGAAUUCGAAGGACUUGAAUAUUAUUGUUGGAGGAGGUGAACAGAAAGAAGAGAAUACAAAUGCUGUUCCCGUUGCUGUCCCAUCAUCGACCUCAACCUCAUCACAUGGACGUUCAUCAUCUCAUCAUAAGAUUCAAAUUGAUCAUGAAGAGAAAUUAACUUCUACUGAAGCUGUCCUGGACGAUAUUAAUCGUUCAUAGGGGCAACGAGUUAUUGUCGUUCCAAAAAGAAAGAAACGUCUGUUUUCCUUAGUUUAAACAAGAACAACAACAAAAUUUAUAGAAUAAUAAUUAUAUUAUAUUUUCAAGGAACCUACCCCCCUUCCUCACCCUUAUUUGAGUAGGAUUAUUUUGAGUGUGAAUAAUUAAAUAGUUUGUGUGCAAUGUAUGGAAUGAAUGAUGUGCACUAGAUAAAAUAUUAAGAAGAGUAUAAAAAUAAUUAUUAAUUAUUAGAUAUAUACAAUACAUAUAGAUUCAGGUAGGUAAUGUACUUAUAAGAGGUAUAUUAUUUACUUAAAGCGAUAUUUGUGAACAUGAAUCAAUUAUUAUUUAAUAAUUAGUAAAAAACAGAAAACAAACCAACAAAAAGUGCGAGCUGGUUAUUUAUUUAUAAAAUAAAUUCUAUUGAAAUUUUUAAGCUAAAUUUAUUAGAUUCUUAAAUUUUGUAGGAAACAAAUAUUUAUGGUUAUAUUUUCUUUAUACACAUUUUUGUUUAAAAUUUUCGAUCUACUCCUAAUUUUUGUUAGCUGGGUAUUCCAAAAUAUUUUAUAGUAUUUUUCAAAAAACUUAAAAUUAUGUCGGUAGUAUUUGAUCGGAAUUGAAGUUUGGAGAAGUUAGUAUUUCCUAGUUUCUUUUUCGAUGUUUCAUAAUUUCAAUAGUUCCAUUGCCAACUUGUCUACAAAAAAUAAACUGAAGCCAUUUUGUGCAAUGCUUAUUAAAAUUGUGUAAAAUACCUAAUGGAACUUAAUAAAUUGCCAAAAAAGAACUCAGUUUUUCAUUAUAACAAUAGGCAAAACUCGAUGUUUCAAAAAGCGGUGGGAAAUGUUUAGAAUUUUUUAAACUUCCAAAAUAUCCCUUAGCCCUUUAUUAUUUAGGCAGUUUGUCGUAACUCUUUACGAUUUGGCAGUUUUAGACUAUAUAAGACUUUUCUAGUAUCUGAUUGGUUAGCUGCUAAAAACUUUAUUAGAAAGUUGAGUGUAAAGUAAGGGGCCAGUUAUAGCUAUUGUUUAAAUCUAUCCAGAAAAAUGUUUGAAUCGAUAUUUGCCGUUGUUUCCCUUGGAUUAGGAAUGAAGAAUAUUUACUGAUCGAUCGGAAAUCUCACAAAGAAUUUGUUUUGAGACGAACAAUUUUAAUUCCGCAUUGAUUUUUCUCCAAAAAUGCUUUUUUCUAUUUUCUGGACUGAAAUAAAUUUUUCUGUUCACAAAAAGCAGAGAAACAUUUAAGCUUCGAAGUAAAAAUUGUUUUAAGAUAAAACAUUUAAUGGAAAAUUCAAUUGAUUCUUCGGACGAUGGUAAUUAAAUAACUAAGAGAUAACUUCAAUCUGUAAUCUAUGUUAAAUUUCCUCUUAGCUCAAUUAGAAUUGUAUAAGAUUUAUAAUUUACAUGCGAAAUCUCCGGUUUUAAACGAUUUACGUAUAACAGAAAACUAUCCUAACAGAAACGAGGACUAUUAUGAAGUGACAAAAUUCGGAGGCAAAUAGCUUCUUCAUCGUCUAUUAUGUACAGAACAUAAUCUAAUACAACUUCACCUAACAUUUUGUAUCUUUUUGUUUACCAACAAAUACAAAAAGCUGAAAUCAAUUUUCAAGUUUCUUGAAAUUCGACCUUGUUUUGAAUUAGCUGUUCUGUCAGAUACCUUCAUACCCCAAACAAUUCUUGGAUACCUUUGGAUUCCUGUUUUGACAUCUCAGCUGUUUUUGAUUAGCUGUUGUUUUACGCGUAACACACUAACAAAAAGGUAUCCGGAUAUCCUAUCUGUCUGAGAUUGAACGUAGCCAAUGAUAUCUAUAACUGGCGCCUUAGUCAAGAAAAAUCAAACUAUCAAGUUAAGUCUACUUAUGUCAAAAUGACAGUUUAUCAUGUUUUUUUCAUUCAUCUGAAAGCUGAACUUUACAACUCUAUGAUUUUUAUAAUAUUUCUUUACAAUACAAAAUACAAAUCGUGGUUGACUUGUAGCUUGCCUGAGGAGUGUUUUGUAGACAAUAAUAUUUUUGGUAUUUUUUUCUACUAUGACCGUAGGAGGUUAGUGAAGUAAAGGUCUGAGUUUGAAAUUUAUGACACUUAUGCCUUGGUCGAAAUUUACGUUCAAAGAUUGCAAAUGAAUAAAGUGUCAACAAAUUUUCACCUAAAAACAUACAAAUUUGAAAUCAAUUUUCAAUUCCAUUAACCAGCUGUUCCCUCAGAAAAUCUUGGAUACCUUUGGUGUCUUUUUGGCAUCCCAGCUGAUUUGGAUUAGUUGUUCUUCAGCACGGAAACCACUAAGAAAUAAGUAUCCAGAUACCCCGUCGUUUAAAAAACGUAAAAAUCAAGAGAGCGAAAUAAACAAAUGCAAUACAACAAAAUGAGAAUAAACCAGCUGUCAGUGAAAAACAGGAUUCUUUUCUUAAAAAUAGCAAAAUUGCAGAUAUUUAAACAAAUAUAACGAUCUUAAGUAUACUUGAAUUGCUUGGAACUUAUAAUUAAGAAAAUAUACUCCUUGUAAUCUCUCGGCUCUUGAUCUGCUCCGGAAAACCGACACCUUGUUAAAAAUUGUUUGUAAUAUGAUUUUCAUAUCAAAGAUUUCUAGAUUUCUAAAAACAAAAACAUCAAAUAACCUUCCUAGUACUUCCAGCUGCAACACCGUUUAUAGUGAAUUAAUUUUUAAUCCCUAGAUACCCAAUUAGAUAAAAUUUAUAUCAAGUGCACCAAAAUUUUAUAGUGGUUCGAAAGUGAAAAUAGUUUUAUUUUAAAUUAGUUAAAUGAAUAAUGAAAAAAAAAGAAGAAGCCGCACUAAUUUAAUAAAAAUAAUAAUAAAACUUAUUAAAAUUUAUAGUUAAGAAAAACAAAAAUUCAAUUUAAGAAAACAAAACAUAUUUUGUAAGGCACCUUUAGAAAGAAAAAAAAAAAACAAAAAUGAAGCGCAACUAAAAUUUAGUUGAUUUUAAGUGUGAUAUGUAAAGAAAAACAAAACAACAGAAGAAAAAUAAUGAUAAUGAUAAUGAAGUUAUGAUAAGUAAAUAAUUUAUGUUUAAAAGAAAAACAAAACAAAACAAAAACUUUACAAAAUAAUGUUCAGAAAGAAAAUAGAACGAAGAAAAGAAAAAUUACUUUAGUUUCAAUAAUUUCAAAAAACAAUUUAAUACACAUACAGUGAAAAUAAAAUUUCAAAAUAUCAUUUAAAUACAAUUUAAAACAAAAAAAAAUAUAAAACAAUGUCAAUGAAAUUUUGUGCUGUGACAAGAUAAAUGAGAAUAAUUAAUUGCAAAGGGGUAUUUAAUAAUUUUUCUAAACAAAACAAAAGAAAUACAAUUAACAAUUAAAAUUAAAAUAAAAACUAAAUAAAUUCAGAAAUAAUGGAAAUUAAGGUAUGUUCAGCCAAGUCAUAUCUUUAUAAAAACAUAAGACAUUUAAUUGGGUUUUGAAUUUUGUAUGUAGUUUAGGCCAAGUGUUCUUAAAUUUAACAACCGGUACACAAAAUAAUUCGAGUCAAGUCGAGCUUUUACAAUUACAAUUAAAAUGUGAAUAAUUAUUUCAUUACUUAAGAUGGGUCUUAUAAAACUUAUCACUAAAAGUAUACAUGUUUUUGGUCUUCAGAUAUUUUUCCAUUUGUCGAAAACUGAAAAUUUGAAUAUUGCCGAAAGUUUUAAUAUACUGUAUUAAGUAUCAAAGGGCCAUAAACUGUCAAUUCAAAUUGAAGACACCAAAUUUUCUACGAAAAGAAACAUUCUAUGUAAGAAAUUUCAAAUAAGGAAACCACAUCCUUUUAUCUUUUUAAAUAAUUUUUUUCCAGCAGGGAUAUUUGGAAUUUUCAAUCACUUUGCACUAUUUUCUUAAAGCUGGGUUAUUGGCAAUUGAAAUAAGAGUCUAGUUCCAAAAAGCUUAUUAAACUGGUCGACAAAAUUAGGUUUUUUCUGUAUCACAAAUAAAACAAUUCAUUUUUAAAGGAUUAAGUUGAUCCGAAUUCGAAUCUCUUUUAAAAUGUUUCUAUCAUAUCAUUAAAUCAAAAUUCAAAAUUCAAAUCUUCGUACUCUAUAUACAGUUUAAAUUAUUUUGGUAGAUAGAUACGAAAUUUUAUUUUCAAUUUUUUUUAAAGAAAUGUUGGUUUUCGUUGUAUUAAAAUUUAUAAAUCGGCCUAUCAGGCUCAUUUGUUAGUUGCAAUAAUUUCAUUAAAAACUUAUCGAUUGAUUUAUACUUAGCAUAUGACUUAAUCAAUUAAGGGAAACAAACUGGUUCCAUUGAGCUUAGGAGGAAGCCUCAAGAUUCAUUUUGUAUCACAAUGGGCCAUUAAGCUGGCUUAAGUGUGUCCGUUUCCAUCUUGGACAGCCACUUUAACCUAACCAUGACUUUCGUUUUGUCCGUUGAGAAUUUCGAAGAACUGGGCUGGGUUAAGGCUUUUAUUUCCGGAGAAUUGUGAUAGUAUUUUGAAUAUUUAGGGAUCUUCCAAAUACCUACUAAAUCUCUACUAAAUGGUUUUGCAUUAAAACUGAACGCCCUACAGGUGGAGAUUAAGACCACUCGAAUCGAGUUACUAUUGUCAAAGUAAUUGUGAUUGAGCGCUCUGUUUUUGUGUUCCGUCCAAUGCCUUUAUAUAAGUUAUGUUCAAGUUUCCUUAUGCAAUGCUUUUUACUCUGACUUUUUUGACCAGUUAAGCUCAAUGUUGACCUCAUUAAAGAGUUUUGCCCACUUAUUUGUCCAGUAAAUCCGGUUGCUUACAAUGACAUCGGUAAUCUGUUUUCGAAAAGGGUGCUAACUCUUUGGAUGAAGAUAUUUGAAAUGAAGUUCAAUUGUUGAAAGGAAGGCUUUUGAAAGCCUUGUUUCUAGUUUAAACACGUUAUCUGGUGUGUUGCUGGGUUAGAAAAAACAAUCUGUUGAUACAAAAUACCUUGUAAUUUUUCAACUUCUUUAUGUUCGGAAGUACCGCACAGUAAUUAAUCACUGAUUUUGAAGCAGCUUCUUAUAUUUUGUAUUUAGCUGAGUGGUUCAUGUUUCUGUUUUUGAUGAAGUUUGACCAGUUAGCAUUUAUUAAGUUAUUGCACGUCUCUUUAUUCAUGAGUCUUCAUUUGGCUCUAUAUGAAAUUUUGAGAAAUCUUGAAUUUAAUGCUUUCAUAGCUUAAAAUUCUGUUUUUGAUGAAGUUUGACCAGUUAGCAUUUAUUAAGUUACUAGGCGUUGCAAGUCUCUUUAUUCGUGAGACUUCAUUUGUCUCUACAUGAAAUUUUGAGAAAUCUUGAAUUUAAUGCUUUCAUAGGUUUAAAUGCUGAUGUUAAGUUUAAGUGCUGAUUUCAAAUCCGAACUUUCUUAAAUUUAAAAAAUACCUGUUUGAAUUUUUUAAAAAUAUUUUUGGAAUAUAUUUUAAAACUUUAUGUUGAUGAAAUCUUGUUUCAAGGACUGAUUCGUUGCAAAAACAAAAAAUUACUUUCAAACCGUUCGUUCGGCCUUUUUCUAUUAAAAACUGUUUAUCAUAAAUAUGCUUUACAAUUUCCCUAUUAUUUAUAUGAGGCAGGUGAAAUCUUGCACCUUUUGAAAUUUGUUCAUCAAUAUUCAUUCAAUAUUAAAGAAAAAGAUUUGGAAAACCAUCAUGAAUUUUAUUAAAAGAAAAACUUUAAAAAAGCAUCAAAUUAUUCGCUUAUACAUCAGACCAUGCGUUACAUUCGGUAGCUCUGAUUUCCUGGUUACUAGCUUAUGAUAUUGAUGAAAAUUUGACGGUUGGGUCUGAAGGUGUAACAGUUUUAGAAUACACUUGUUCAAAAGCUAACUUUAAUACUUUUUAUUUUUACAAAAAUUGACGAGUUAAUACUAAAGUAACAAAAAUACCAUAACUCUGGAGUGAGAAGAAAUUGCAAGUUUAUAUUCGGCCUUUUGGAAUGAAAGUGAGCUAACUCACAAAUUGCAACUUGUGGAAAAUGAGCAAAAAGCCUAAAAGAAAGUGUAGUUUUGAGUAAUUUUGAUUGGAAACUUUUUAUUUUUCUGCGAAUUUUUUCUUAAAAAAUUGUGGCUUUAUCUGAAACGGUUUAUAUUAAUAGUUUUUUUACUUAAUCUCAAUUUUUGCAAUUUUUCAGUUAGGUCACUUUCAUUCUAAGGGUGCGGUAUAACCCUGUUUAGGCAGGAGAAGUAAUUUUUCUGAAAAGUGAGUUGACAUACAUAAUCGAAGAUUGGAAAACAACACCAACACCCAACUUACUGUGAUAUAACUUUUCUUAAAGGAAAAAAUCAAUCCUUUAGUUUUUGAGAAAAUUGGAAACAACUACAGCUACUAUACACGUUUUUAGUAAGGAGUCAUUUCUCUGGAUAGUAAGAGUAGUUUCUGUAAAACCAGUUGAUCGAAAUUUGUUGCCGAUUUUAACGCCUGAUCUGAUGUAUAAAGUUUCUGGACUUUAUGUUUUUGUUUCUAAAUUUUAUAAAGUAAUAUCUCAAGAACCUGAUGUGAUAGAUUAAUUUUGGGGUCAGAUUUAAAUUGAGGCCAUCCAA